UCUGUUUGAGACAGACGUGUCUCGCUGAUGUGAACUUGCAGAUCGCGAACGUGAUAAAACUUUUUGAUUGUGUUAAACUUUCAAUUGCAAUUGUUUUGGUUGAAAGAUUAUUUAAUGAACUUAAAAAUAAUUUAGUUCAGUUAUGGUUUGGUGAGCUUGGAUUGCUUUUAGAUAUAUUUUUAAUGAUGCUGAAAGGUAUCUGUAGGAGAUAUGUUAAUAUUUAACAAAAUGGCGGCGCUAAUGUGAACAAGAUGGCGAAUGGUUUUGGCGGGAAAGUGUUCGUGUUACUGCUGCUUCUUAUCGACUUCACCUUGGGCCACUUGGCACGGGACACGGAAGAUCUGGUUGACUUUGUUCCAGUUUCUACAAUGGAUGUAGAGGCAGUUGUGGGGCGAACCGCCUCACUGCCUUGCGAUAUAGAGCCGGACUCCAACGAGGACAGAGUGUACAUGGUCCUCUGGUUCAGACACGCUGGCGGCAAACCGCUAUACAGUUUUGACGUUCGGGGCCGCAGUUUUAACAAAGCGCUGCAUUGGUCAGAUCCUCUCGCAUUCGGAAGACGAGCCUACUUUGUAACCAUGUCCAGACCCUCGUCCCUCACUGUGGACGCUGUUCAGCUUGAUGAUGAAGGCAUCUAUAGAUGCAGAGUCGACUUCAAGAAUUCUCCAACCAGAAACUUUCAAAUUCGGCUUAACGUUGUUGUACCGCCUCAUCAGUUACUACUCUACGACGAAGCUGGUCGUGACGUGGCCGGAGUGGUAGGUCCGUUGGAAGAAGGUGGUAACUUCACUCUGCUCUGUGAGCUGAGAGGUGGUCGUCCUAAGCCUACGCUGUCAUGGUUAAUAAAUAACACGCCGCUGGAAGAUCACACCGUACUAAAAAAUGACGGGAAGAUUAUAAUAAGCAAGAUAACAGUCAGCGGCGCUGAGAGGAGUUGGCUCAACACAACUGUCAAAUGCCAAGCGACAAAUACCCCGCUGUUAAGUCCACAAGAGAGAACUGCCAGAGUAGAAAUGAAUUUGAAACCUACAUCAGUUUCGAUAGUCGAUAAACCAGGGCGACUGUCAGCUGAUUCAGAGGUGACACUAGUUUGUGUGGCACAUGGGAGUAGACCACCAGCUCAGAUAAGCUGGUACAGAGAAAAUAGAAGAUAUACCCGGGGGAAGCAUAGCGAAUUUAUAAAUGAGACGUCGUCGAUCAGCAAGUUAACUAUGCUGCCUCAACCAGAGGAUGAUGGAGCAACCAUCAGGUGUCGAGCUGAUAACCCAAUUCUGAGAGUCGCUUUGGAGGAUUCCGUCAGGCUGAGCGUUGUCUACAAGCCGGUGUUGACGAUGUCUCUAGGCAGCACAUUAAACCCUAACGACAUAAAAGAGGGUGACGAUGUUUACUUUGAAUGCAACAUCAGAGCCAAUCCCAAGGAGCACCGCAUUUCCUGGUAUCAUAACGAGGAGCAGGUUACACAGAACAUGUCUUCAGGAGUUUUUAUAAGCACCAAGUCGUUAGUGUUGCAACGUGUUAGUAGACGUGACGGUGGGUUAUAUUCUUGCCGAGCAGCUAAUCAGCUAGGAGAGACGAGCAGUCAGUCAGUUUAUUUAAGAGUACAAUAUGCUCCGACCUGUGCUCAAACCAGUCCAUUGGUGCUGGGCGCACGUCUCGACUCAUCUCUGAGAGUCCGUUGUUCUGUCAGCGCGGACCCCGCCGAUGUCGCAUUCUACUGGCAGUUUAACAAUAGCGGAGAGAGCUUUCAGGUUUCACCAGCAAGAUAUGUUUCAACGGGAGGUACGGCCAGCGAGUUACGUUACAGAGCGGCUAGUGAACGUGAUUAUGGCGCAUUACUUUGUCGAGCGACUAACGCUGUCGGCCGACAGAAGAAACCCUGUGUAUUCCAGAUAGUUCCUGCAGCUCGCCCUUCUCCACCUAGGAAUUGCACAGCAAAGAGGUUUGAUAUAAAUAUGGAAACUAUUCUGACGGUCCGUUGUAUAGCGGGUUACGAUGGGGGUUUAAGCCAAUACUUCACGCUAGAAGCUGUGGGCGAGACCGGAAGGAUCCUUGCUAAUAAUACAGCUGACACAUCUGAUCUGAUAGUGUGGUUGAAUGUAAGCUGGUCAGAAUUAGAAUCUCUGUCAGUGAACGAGGUACUGUCUGUGAGUGCAAGGAACAGCAAAGGGGUAUCUGAUCCAGUGCUAAUCCGAGAUCUAGUGUACAAGGAUGCUGCGAAACAUACAGAGGACACAACUCGAGUGUCUUCGAAAUUUCCAACUACAGCUGCUAUUGGUGGUGUGGUCGCAGUCGUUACGGCUGCUGUGAUAACAACAGUCCUUCUUCUGAAAAAACGCAACGAAGCUUCAUCUAGCAGUAAGCGUCCGUCACAGAGCGUUGUUCAAGUAGAUGCAAAUGGGCGCCGAUAUCUUAUAGCAUACCCAGCACAGGACAAGCUGGAGACUAAACCGGAUAUAUUGAAUCCUAAAGCUGAUAGUGAACCACCUCGUGUCGUUUUGGAGUCCAGUGACAACAAGACCUAUUCCAUCAAGGAGGCUGGUCAGCACAAGUCAAGCUACCAACCACCAACCAUUGAAGAAGAUAUGAUGCCUCAAAGAUAACGCAAGAGGGCUCAUCUGUAAAUAGGACAUUGUAUAUUUCGGUGAUUGCCAAUGACUAGGAUUAAAAAAUUCUUCCAUAUCAAUUUAAUUUUAACACGAUGCGAGGUUUUUGGAUCUAAUUAAUAUAUUUAUUAGUGAAUUAUAUAUUUUAAUAUUUCAAAAAUUAUUUCAAUGCGAAUAAAA